AUGGUAGUUGAUGCCUCCGCCAAUGGUACUUUGUUGGAUAAAUCUUAUAAUAAAGCAUAUGAGAUUUUGGAAAAGAUUGCCAACAACACGAGAGUUUGGACGAGUGAAAAAGCUAUUGGUACCAUGGAACUUGAUGCAAUCACUUCAUUGGCUACCCAUUGCCCAUCAAAUCCAGCAUCUGUGUGCUACAUGGGUGCGAGGAAUUCAAACAAUGCUGCAAGGCAGAAUGCCAUCAGUGUACCACCUGGUUAUAAUCAACUUAUGUCGGGGCAAAAUGUCCAACAAGGUCAGCCAUCAUCAUCAUCACCAUCUAUUGAAGACUUGUGGAAAGAAUUUAUGGCCAAGAAUGAUUUCGUAAUUGAGAGUCAAGUUGCAUCCCUACGAGCUCUUGAGAAUCAAGUAGGGGAAAUAGUGAAUGCUAUAAAUUUGAGACCACAAGGAGCUUUGCCCAGUGAUACUGAGAAUUUUAGAUCGCAAGGGAAAGAGCAGUGCAAGGCCAUCACUCUCAGAAGCAGAACUCAUUUGAAUGGCAUUAUUCAAGAUGCCACAGUAAGAGAGAAUAACUCGAAUAAAAACCGUGUAAAAAUCCCAGAGCCAUCUGAAAAGCAUACUGUACCUGAAAAGUGUAAACAACAUAAUGUUACAGCAGAAUCAAAACGUGUUGCCAACAAGAAUGCUAUAGCAAAACAAGAUCAGCAACCUGAAGGAAGACCACCUCUACAUUUUCCUCAAUUGGGAGAAUUUGAAAUUGUUGCUCUCACUGAAGGGUGCACGACAAUGUUGGUGAAUAAACUACCCCCAAAUUUGAAGGAUCCAGGGAAUUUCACUAUCCCAUGUUCAAUUGGAAAUCGUUAUAUUGGAAACUGGGAAUUGGAAAAGCAAGACCUACUUAUGUUACAACUAGUUGAUCAAUCCUACGCCAUCUGGAAGGCAGAAGUUUAA